GGUCUCUGUGCUUAGAUUUGUGCUUUGAUAUACACCCCGUCUGGUUUUGGCAAUCUGGACCCAGUUUAAUAAUCAUCAGAAUUUACUUACCCUCUACAUUUCAAAAGGAAAUGCAUUUCUAAAACGCGAAUGCAGUGAACUUUAAUCGAGAUCAAGCGGGACAUGACAAAGUUUUGCCGACUGAAAUGUGGACUCGAGGUUGAAGUUCGGAUUGAACUUGCUCCGUUAAUUUGGACUCUGUGCUGAGGGGCGCGGCGGCGGAUGGAUACGAGCUCAUGUGAUGCGGUUACUGUUUGGUUUGACGUGAUACUCCUCUGUUCUCCAAAACUUUUGAACGAUUUAUCGUGUAACCGAUCAGCCUCGACAUCAAAUGAAGAAGAGUGAGACAAUGUUCUACUAAAUUGAAAACGUGAGCUCUUCCACUGCGGUUUACUGCGCUCACAGAAGCUCUUCAGACCGGAUCACCUCAGCACGAUGGAGUUUCAGUUUUUCGCAUCUCUUUCCUGUAUGUGGCAUUUCUUCGAUUCUCAUGCAUUGUACGCAAUUCACCAUUUCAACCGGAAUACAGCAAAUUGUGGCGGCGUAGAUUAUUCCCAGGAAGACUCCCCUCAUUUGCACAGCCGGCUUAAGAGCUCCCUCUUUCCUACUGGCUAACGAAGGCCAAUCAUAGGUGGAGGGAGGAGUCUGCACAGACGUUGGACUAAAUUGGUAAGCAGUACGACACUUUUAUUUUGUCCGACUGUUGGUGGGAACCGCACUGCAGCGUGUGUGUUAAUGGCGUACAAUUGGAUGACAAAAACUUUUGACGCUUACCCAAACACAACUUCCACGGAAUCCUCUCCUGGUUCCUCUAUCCCACCUUCACCUCUGGAGCAUGAUGUCCAAAUGCCCUCCGACUUGGAGGUUAUGACCACUCUUCUUAAAGAAGAACUGGCUCAACUGGAGGAUUAUUACCUGUAUGAAUCGGCACCUAUGAAAUUGGAGAAAUGGCAAAAAAGUGACAAAAGCUUGCAAGCUAUGGCUACGCAGUCAUACUAUCAGUUACCCUGCGCUUCGUACAAUGGAAACCAAUCUGAAACAAAUCCCAGGCUGGUUUCCCUAGCAACUGGAGAUCUCGACCUGAGAGGCUUCUGUGGGGGCUCCAUGAGCCAUCCGAAAAUGUCUCGACCCGGCCCUUACAGCUACAUUCGGACACACUGCAACAGCCAAAGAAUAUCAACGAAUGGAUGUAAGGAUGUCGAAGUGUUUGAGAAAGAAACGUGGACUUUCAAAGGGACUCAUUCAGGUUACGCAGAGCUGGCUUUUGACCAGUGCUCUGUCGACAAAUCCUUCGGAAAGAGCCACACGAGUGCAAAGAAGGUUCGAGAAUGUGCCAUACUGUUGAAGGAAGAAGAAAAAAGUUGCUUUACGGAAGACGUGCUUUACCGAGCAGAGAUGAUGAGAAGUUACGAUCUCGGCGGGACACUGGAGCCCCACCACAGACGGGAGGGCCAGAGCCAUGGGAUGAAGAUGCUCGGCCACGACGGGAUUGCCAUGCCCAUUUUGCAGUGCGCCGAGAGCGAGAGCUGUCCGCCGUAUAAACAGUCCGAAGUAGCCGAGUGCUACUUUCAUCAGAUUACUGCCAAUUUAGAGCCAUAUCACGGCUUCAUGAAUGAAAUCGAUCAGCCAAUCAGAACUGGGGCUGUUGAUAUCCAGAAUAAUGACUACUUGCACCACGAAUGCCUUGGGGAUCAAAGCUUUGAAUGUCUGUCCGGAGACAGUGUUGGGUCCUCUUUGGAGUUGCCCCUCCAGAAACCACUACAAAGGUCACGGGAAAGUGUAUUUAAUGUAUUUAAGCCAGAUGUUAAAGUAGGUUCCUUGGAGAGAAACCAUGGAGAACGCAAGCAGAAGAAGAGGGAUCAGAACAAGUCUGCUGCCCACAGGUACCGUCAGCGUAAGAGGGUGGAGCAGGACUGUUUGGAGGAGGAGCUUCAUGGUUUGGAAGGGCGGAACAGAGAACUUCGGGACAAAGCAGAAUCUGUAGAGAGAGAGAUUCAGUAUGUGAAAGAUCUCCUGAUUGAAGUCUACAAGGCUCGCAGUCAGCGCUUAAAAGAGGAUUCCAGUGCCUAAACCGUCUUUUACCAGCAUUUCACUUAUACCAGGCUCUGACAGCAUGUUUUUAUGCUCUAAAUAGUUAGUAACAAAAAAAAAAGAAAAGAAAAAAAAGAAAACAAGAGCUCAUGUAUUAAAAUGGUUGUGUUUUUCCAAAGCGAAAGCUGCAUGGUUUCAUGAAACUGAGAGCAUAAAAUCUGAAGCACUGUGAUGAUAGCCUUGAACACAUACUAAUGACCUAGCUUGGUAUUUCAAUUUACAGUGAUAUAUUUAAUGAAAAGCUGCCCAUCUCAAGGUUUGACUGAAUUUCUUUCUUCACAAUCUGUGCUACUUUUAUUGAAAGAUAAUCUGUACAGACUUACUCCAUUCUUUAUUUAUCAUGAAAAAUCAGCACAACAUGAGAAUUUGUAAUAAUGUAGCGACAUGGUCAAAAUUCUUUUAUUGUAAUAAUGCAAAACACUGCAAUGUAUAAUGUCACUACCAUUUUUUGUUGUCUGUCUUUUAGGUUUUAUAUUUUCAUGUAUUUUCUUCUAUUUCUCCUUUAUUUGUGAAAUAUCUCAUGUAAUUAUAUUUAGAAUACAGGAGAAACAGCUUUUGAAGUUAUAAUUAAAUUGCUUUAAAAUAUAUUAUACAUGAAGGUUUAUAGCAUAUUAAUGACUGAAUUAUUUUUUCUUUUCUUUUUUUUGUCUCAGGUACGGAAUGCAUGCUAAUACAUUGAAAAGCAUGAUGGGUUACAAUUUAUUGCAUGACCCAAAAUAUGAAAUGAAUGCUUUUAUGCAUUAUGACAAUAUGUAGAAUUUUUAUUUUGCCAUUUUGUUUUAUACUCAUUAACAUAUUUAAAAAAGACGUGCUUUGUUUCUGCUUUUUAAUUUAGAACCAAUGUAUGUAAUAGGUAUGAGAUAUAGAUUGUUUUUAUGCAGGUUUGCGGAAAACAAUCACUGUCAUUUGCUACAGGAUUUAAAAUUCUGAAGAAUUUGAACGAUUUCAACUUAUUUGAACAGGUGCACAUUACUACAGUAGUUUACUGUGCCUCUGAAAACAGACAAGAGUAGCAAAUCUGAAUGCAUUUAUUUCUGCAGGUUCUAAUGUGUUUCAGAAUCUACCGACACUUGAUUAAUAAAUACAAAUUAUAUUGUGCAGUAAUUCUUAUUUUUUGGUUGAUUAAAAUGUCAAUAAAUGAUUCUUAAAUAUUUUA